CGGGUUCUAGCCGUGACUUCCGGUUGUCAGUCUCCGGACGCGCAGCGGCUGCGGCGGGGACGCGGUGGAGGCCUGGGCUCCGUGGGCCGGCCUCUCUCGUCCUCGUCCGCCUGUCCGAGAUGCAUCCGCGGCGCCCUGAGGGCUUCGAUGGCCUGGGCUACCGGGGAGGCGUUCGGGAUGAUCCGGCUUUCGGCGGCCCUUUCCAUGCGCGCUCCUUCGGUUCAGGGACGGAACUGGGCCACUGGGUGACGACGCCCCCGGACAUCCCGGGCAGCCGCAACCUGCACUGGGGCGAAAAGAGCCCUUCCUACGGCGUGCCGUCCGCGCCCCCGACGCUCGAGGGUUCCGCGGAGGAGCCCUUUCCCGGCGGCGGCGAGGGCCCGCGGCCGGGACCGAGCAGCGAACAGUUGAAUAGAUUUGCUGGAUUUGGUAUUGGACUUGCAAGUCUCUUUACAGAAAAUGUGCUGGCCCAUCCUUGCAUUGUUUUACGCCGCCAGUGUCAGGUCAAUUACCAUGCUCGGCAUUACCAUCUCACUCCAUUUUCAAUUAUCAACAUUAUGUAUAGCUUCAACAAAACUCAGGGACCAAGAGCCCUAUGGAAAGGGAUGGGAAGCACAUUUAUUGUUCAGGGAGUCACACUUGGAGCAGAAGGCAUAAUAAGUGAAUUUACACCUUUACCGAGGGAGGUUUCACACAAAUUGAACCCUAAACAAAUAGGUGAACACCUUCUCCUGAAAUGCCUAACAUACAUGGUGGCCAUGCCUUUUUAUUCUGCAAGUCUGAUCGAAACAGUACAGAGUGAGAUAAUCCGAGAUAACACUGGCAUUCUGGAAUGUGUUAAAGAAGGAAUUGGACGAGUGAUAGGCUUGGGAGUGCCUCACAGCAAACGCCUUCUUCCACUGUUUUCAUUGAUCUUCCCAACAGUGCUGCAUGGAGUUCUUCAUUACAUUAUCAGCUCCAUCAUUCAGAAGAUUGUCCUUCUAAUUCUGAAGAGAAAGACCUAUAACAGCCACCUAGCUGAGAGCACUAGCCCCAUGCAGAAUAUGUUGGAUGCCUAUUUUCCAGAACUUAUUGCGAACUUUGCUGCCAGCCUUUGUUCUGACGUUAUACUUUACCCACUGGAAACAGUUCUGCAUCGUCUUCAUAUUCAAGGAACACGCACAAUUAUUGACAACACAGACCUUGGCUACGAAGUACUUCCAAUUAAUACGCAGUAUGAGGGAAUGAGAGACUGUAUAAAUACCAUAAAGCAGGAGGAAGGAGUGUUUGGUUUCUAUAAAGGGUUUGGUGCUGUUAUAAUACAGUAUACACUGCAUGCAACCAUCUUACAGAUUACCAAAAUGAUUUACUCCACACUUCUUCAGAAUAGCAUUUGAGAUUUAGGUUCUAUGAUUGGCUGAACCAAAAGAUGUUGGAUAAUUUGCUAUGACAUUUCAAGUAAUAAAAGUAAAAAUACUGCGCGGAAAGAAAUAGGCUGGGAAUUACCACUGGUGGAAAACCUCAUGCUAAUUAUUCUGACUUUUUAUUUUUCUUAAGGCAUAGAUAUAUAGAUAUAUAGAUAUAUAAUACUGGGUCAAACCUUUCCAAAAUUGAAAACUCAAUAAAGGUAAUACUUUAAAUUUAAAAUGUAAAGUUACAUUUUAGUAUAACACUCAUGCUGAAGUAAAAUUGAUCCUGGGGAGAAACAAAAAAUGUAUCAAGUAUAAAAUGAAAUUGCAAUGACUUGAAUCUGUUUUACUGACCUUACUAUUUGUUAUGUUUGUUUAACUUGGAUUCAGGUCACUGUGUUAAUUAUUAAAGCAGUGGAUAGUGCUGGGAUUUUACCUUUAAGCAAAUAGAGUAUGUCACCGUUGAAAAGAACUGGUGAUUAGCUUUGGCACUGUGUAAGCAGUGGCUGAAGGGUUUAAAUUGUAUUUAACCAUUUUAAUUGCUGUAUAUAUUUAUUAUAUGGAGCCAUUUGUGUCUGUGUGUACAUGUAACUUGGAAUUUCCUUCUUCCCUGCCAGUUUUCAUAGACCAGCUUAUUGCAUCAAAUGAAGGUAGACACUUUCUGCUGGAACAUCAAGUAUAAGACAUCAAAAUGCCAGAAAAUAGCUUUUUUACCUGCAUCCUGUCCAGCAUUGCAGUGUCAGAAACUUGAAAUUUGUCCUUUGCUUGUGAUGUUUGGAUCAUCAGAUGAUUUUAGCUACUUUUAAAGAGCCUAACAAUCAUGGCAGCCAUGACCGUUUCCACACUUACGUUAAGGAGCCCCACCUGUCUUUCAUUUCUCAAAGAACUUAUCUGAGAGGGAACAAAAUGAAAGUUCUGGGGAUUUGUGCCUCUUGCUCACCAUAAAUAAUCACUGCAAUCUUUCUUUUUUCUUUCCUUUUUUUGUAUGUGUGCGUGUGUGUGUGUGUGUGUGUGUGUGUGUGUGUGUGUGUAUGUAAAGUUUUAUUCUCCAAAUAAGCUACCCUGAAGAUAAAAAUGAGACAUUCUUGGUACUCUUUAUUUAAACUUGCUUGGAUAAGUACUGAAUUAAAGUACAAACCUCAUAGGAAAUUUGCCCUUAUGUGUUACGAAGGAGGAGGAGGAGACACUAUAUUUCAACAAAUGAAACUUGUUAAUCAGCUUAAUAAAAUGAAGUUGAUGUGUUCCCAUGGUGGAUUAGACUCUGUAAUAAAGUGAUGUAUAGUUCACUGGUCACUCAUGCAGCAGUUAGCAUUUUAUUUCUUCAUGGCUAUGCUCAAGUUUACAAACACUGAAGUGCAGUGCCUGCAGGUGUUGCCCAACCUAGAAUGCAUGCAAACUAACACUGAUGUUACAUGUUAAAUGUUGCAGAGGGUGUUUGGACUGUGACUGAUCAGAGUGGAAGCUUAAUAUGGUCGUGGAAAAGCAUGAAGUAAGGUGUCAGUAGCAGCUGUCCCUACCAGUCUGUGUCUUUGGAGUAAUGCUGUCAACUCUUCAGUUCCUCAAAAGGGAAAAUAAAUGCUGUUGAUCACAUUCUGUAUUUUAUGGUUAAUCUCUUAACGUGUUUUUCUCUGUGUAAAAAUGGGGUUAACAUUUUUUACUGACUUUUAGCUGCUAAAUUUUUAGGUGUUUAUAGUCACCUUCCUCAGAAUUUCAUUUUGUAAGUCAAGGUAGUUUCAGAGAAGAAACCAGAAAAUUUUGGUUUCAGAAAAUGUUUAGAACAGUCUAAAUGGAAUCAAAUAUUUACUGGGUAAAUUUUGUGGAAUUUUCCAUGUGCCUGAAGAUUAGAUAUUCAAGGAUUAUUUAUUGACAGAUACCAUGAAUUUAGUAAUAUAAAUUUAUUGCAUCUGAAGUCAAAAUGCUGCUGCUGAACUAAAUACAUGAUUAGUCUCAUUUCCUGUUUCCUUGCAGAAAUCCACGCAAAUUACCUUAAAAUAAAGAUGGAGAGAGUUUUUUUUUCUAACUGCUUUUUUUUUUAAAUUUGUUAAAAUGUAACCUUUGAAAGUCAAACACAUUUUAGUUGGCCAGUGUUUCUCAGUGAAUUGAUACCUUUUACACUCAGUAUGACAAAUAGCCCCGUAGAUGUGAUUCUGUUAAGUAGAAUGCAACAAAGCACUCACUCGCUGAUUGUGCAAAAAAACGCUACAGUGCUUUUAUUCGAGAAUCUCAUAAUCUGAGAAGCAGAAGACGCUGCCUUGACAGCUGUACUGUUGUUGGUCGAGGUCAUGGAGGAUGUGUGCUGUCUAUGUGGGUGUGGAUGCUGUAGAACAGAAAAGACAUUUCCAGCUCCUGCAAAAACUACCUAUGUGGAGAGCCGUGAACAAUCGCCAUUACAAGAUGGCGCUGGCUUCUGCAGUGCCUAACUAGUAAACAAGCAAUGUGCACGGGUGCUGGAGUAAAUUCGUGCCAAGUCACUGCCCAUCUCGGGGUGUAGCAGUGGGGUGAUGAGUGAGCAGCUAAUCAGGAGCUGACGCGUCACACGGAGGGGUAUUUAAGCAGCUCCAUUUUCCGGGUUCAGGGUCUUCCUGAGAAGUAAGCAAUAAAAAGCUUUGCCGUAGAAGGACCCGGUUGUCCGAGUGUGUUUUGCUGGCGAGAUGUUACAAGGACACACCUAGGUUAAGUGACUUAGAAAACUUAUUUAAGGGUUCACAUCACACUGAAGUUAGAGUACUACUUACUGCUGGCAUUUCUGCGUUCUCUUCAAGUAUUUGGCAUAAUACAUAUCACUUCCCUGCCCCUGAAUAGGUACCAUCUUAUUUUUAUUAAUAGAGUACUAGUUUGUAUAGCAGAGUAACAAUAAUCUGUGGUUUGACUCUUGUGUCUUGUUAUUUUAUUUAUUUCUAAAAUUUAUUAAAGGUUUAUUUUCUUUAUUUUUUAAAAUUUUGUCACAGUACCAUUUUAAAUGUCUUAGGUAAUAAGUUGUAAUGUAAAAGGUUUGAUAAAAUGUUGAAUUCAAGC